AUGACGACGACUGCUGUCUCCGUACGAGAGGGCGGCCCGGCCCUCAAGGGUCCGUGGGAUUUUGAAGAGAGCCCUCUGAGCCAAGCAGGGCGCCAGCCGCUGCUCCUGGGAUUGUUCCUCAACCUGCAAGACAUCACGGUCUCCAACUACCCCACUAGCAAUAGUUGGACGUUCGACUACAACGUCGAUAUCGUCCGCAGGGCUGAAGAAUUGGGGUUUGAUCUUGCCUUUAGCCGCACUCAGUGGUUGCCGAAGGGCGGCUACGAUGGCGAGGCCUCGCUGGACGCCUUCAUUGCCCUUGGCGCCAUGGCUGCCGUGACGAAAAAGAUCCUCCUGGUUUCGACCAUGCAUGUGCUCUAUGGGCCACUCCAUCCGUUGCAUAUUGCCAAAUACGGUGCCACUCUGGACCACAUUGCCAAGGGCCGCUGGGGAAUCAAUAUCGUCACUGGUCAUCGUGCAGUGGAGCAUGAAAUGUUCGGCUGGCAGCGUAUCGAACACGACAAACGGUACGAGAUGGCGGGAGAGCUGUUUGAUGUGGUCAACAGCCUCUGGGGAGAAACGGAGAACAUAUCCUACGAGGGCAAAGUGUCACCAUGGAAGCUAUCCAAUGCGUGGAUCACACCGAAGCCACUGUAUGGUCGUCCGGUACUUGUCAAUGCGACGGGCUCCCCGGCCGGCAUCAGCUUCGCCGUGCACUAUUCUGACUUGAUCUUUAUCACUUCUCCCGGUGGGGCGCACAUCGAAAGCGCACUGGAGACGCUUCCGGAUCGUAUUGCGACGAUCAAGAACGCCGCCCAGGCCGCGGGUCGCAAGAUCAAGACCCUGAUCAAUCCCGUCAUUGUCUCGCGUGACACGCCCGAGGAAACUGACGACUACGUCCGGAACAUUGUGAACAGCAAAGAGACGUUGCCACCACAGAAGGUGUUCGCCGGGAGAGCGUAUGACAGUGACGCUCAUGCCUGGCGCGGACGAAGUGAUCCCCGGCACAAGCAGGGCUAUAACCUCGGUGGUAAUAUUGAGAUCAUCGGCACCCCAGCACAGAUCGUGGACCAGAUAACUGCUCUGCACCGCAUUGGCAUUGACGGGAUUCAGAUCAACUUCUACGACUUCCGCGUUGAUCUGGAGCACUUUGGGCAGAAGAUUCUACCGCUGCUGAAAGAGGCCGGUCUACGCAUUGAUUGAGAUGGAUUCAACGUAGAUACUAUUUGUAAAUCAUUCAACGACCCUAAUCAGAACCUGUGUAGUAUCCUGGCUAGGGUGUUGUACGGAUGGUGAUGAGUUCUCUGCACAAGUGAUCGAAAUCAAGGAAUUCCUUAGAGCAGUC